CAUUUGAACGCUUCUCCCAUUCGCUGAGCCAUACGGUUGGAUACGAUCUGUACAAAUACAUGUCUCCCGUGUCCAUUGAGACGCCCAUAUAUGGUCGCGUAGAGUUGGACGUAUCGAACCAUUUUGCACCCUCAAUAAUAAUUGUGCUAGCUCAGUGUUUGCCAAUGGUGCUGUCGGCCCUACAAAUUAUCUACGACCGCAAAAACACUAGUCUUGAGCGUAUGCUUGUGGCCGGUGUGCGACCGAUGGAGUUUUACCUCGCUCACGUCACACAGAAUUCUAGCCUAAUUAUUAUUCACGCCCUGUUAGGCAUGUCCAUUGGGCUCAUGGGUGCCCUUAUAUUGUCCGAUGAAGUUUCUGUUGCGGUUGGUUUAUCUGGUCUAAUGCUUCCCUUAUGGAUAAUGUCGGGUGUUUUGUGGCCCUUGGAGUCUAUACCUACUUAUUUCCGGUACAUCUCUGAUUUGAGCCCAAUUACGCUGCCAUUGGAUGGCUUGCGGUCAAUUAUGUUUAGGGGCUGGUCAUAUACUAGACCUACCUUA